UCCUGCCCUUUGAAGAGAGCCUCCUUUUCUUUCUAACUUGAAUCAAAUUAGUAGUGUGUGUGAUUAUGGAGGAUAAUAAUAGCUCAUCAUCCACCAAUGCAACAACUAGUUCCGGUGCUGCCAAAUACCUAACCGGCCUCCCUUCUCGAGGCCUCUUCUCCUCCACUGUCCCUUCCUCUACUCCCGGUGGAAUGCGAAUAUAUGUUUGCGAUCAUGAAACGUCACCUCCAGAGGAUCAGCUUAUUAAGACAAACCAGCAAAACAUAUUGAUUAGGUCUCUCAUGCUUAAGAAGCAGAGUUCAAAAGAUGGCAAGGCGAUUUCCUCAAAUGAUAAUGGUAGAAAAAGAUCUGCUGAAAAAGCAUUGGAUAGUAGGGCAGCAACCAAGAAGGCUACAACCAGUAAUCAAGUUGCCUCUUCCCAAGAAUCUUCAAAAGCUCGUACACCUGACAUACAAAAUAUGACUGUUGAGAGGCUACGGGUUCUGCUGAAGGAGAAAGGUCUUUCACUGAGGGGAAGGAAGGAUGAACUAAUUGCACGGUUAAAGGCGACACAUAACUAAGCAUAUUCCAAGAGUUAGAGGCAGCUGAUACUAAAUUCCAUUUUGUACACCAAGCAGCUGGUCUAAGUAGGCUUUUGCUUCUCUAUUAUUCGUGUGCUUUACAACUAAGUCAACUUAUGGCCCUUACAACACUCUGUGCAUUUUGUGUGUGUCUGUGUUCGUGUUGUAAAAAUGCUGUAGCAUUUUGUUAAAUUAUAUGAGGGUGCACUACACAUGCCUUAAUAGUUA